CACAUCGGUUCCAAACUUCCCCAUCAUGACAUCCAACCCCCCGCUCAUCUCGUGGUUCAAGGACCUUACCAUUGCCGACGUCCCACUUGUGGGUGGCAAGAAUGCUUCGCUGGGAGAAAUGUACCGCGAGCUGUCGUCGAAGGGCGUGGUUGUGCCCAACGGCUUUGCCAUCACUGCCUAUGCCUACCGCUGCCUGUUGGCGGCCAACCCCGAGUCGACCGCCAAGCUCAACUCGCUGCUGGAAGAGCUCGACAUCCACGACAUGGAUGUGCUAGCUUCCAGUGGUAAGGCCAUCCGGCAGCUGAUCAAAGAUAUGGAGUUUCCCCAUGAUCUCACCGCUGCCAUCAAAGAUGCGUACGCCGUCCUCUCGGCAGAGUACGAGGGUGCCGAGUCCGGCACCGACGUCGCGGUCCGAUCGUCGGCGACAGCCGAAGACCUGCCCAACGCCUCGUUUGCUGGCCAGCAGGAGACGUUCCUCAACAUUCACGGUGCCUCAGAGCUUCUCCAUGCAUGCCGCCGUUGCUUUGCCUCGCUCUACACCAACCGCGCCAUUGUUUACCGCGUUGAGAACGGGUUCGACCACUCGCUUGUCGCGCUCUCGAUCGGCGUCCAAAAGAUGGUUCGCUCCGACCAGGCCGCGUCCGGCGUCAUGUUCUCCAUCGACACCGAGACUGCCUGCGAUGCCACCGUUCUCAUCACCGGUGCUUACGGCCUCGGCGAGAACGUUGUGCAGGGCGCCGUGAACCCGGACGAGUGGCUCGUCCACAAGCAACUUCUCCGCGACGGCUACGAGCCCAUCGUCCAGCGCAACGUCGGCGCCAAGAAGAUCAAAAUGGUGUACGCUCUUGACGCCGCUGCGCCUGUGCGCAACGUCGUUGUUCCCAAGUCGGAGCGUGUCAAGCUCUGUCUCGACGACGCCGACGUUCUUGCCCUUGCCCGCAUGGCCGUCGCCAUCGAGGAUCAUUACUCUGCCAAGGCCGGCUGCCGCCGCCCGAUGGACAUCGAGUGGGCCAAGGACGGGCCGACUGGUAAGCUUUUUGUCGUCCAAGCCCGCCCCGAGACGGUCCACUCGCAGCGGAGCGUGACUAAGAUCGUGACCCACUCGCUGGUUGGCAACGACGUCGCGCCAAGCGACGUGCUCACUCGCGGCGCGCCGGUCGGUGACGCCAUCGGCUCCGGCACCGCCAAGAUUCUCAGAUCGGCGUCGCAGCUUGCCGAGUUCAAGCCUGGCGAUGUGCUAGUCACUGGCAUGACCGAUCCCGAUUGGGUCCCGGUCAUGAAGCUGGCGUCCGGCAUCGUGACGGCUCGUGGCGGGCGGACCUGCCACGCAGCCAUCAUCUCGCGCGAGAUGGGCAUUCCUUGCAUCGUUGGUACCGGCGAUGCGCUCACCGCCAUUCCCAAUGGCACAAGCGUCACUGUCUGCUGCACCGGCUCGAGCUACGCCGGUGCGGUGCUGUCCGGCAUCAAGGCGAGCUCGACCAGAGAGGUCGACAUCGGCGCGCUGCCUGCUCUUCCGUCGACAGCGACUCAGGUCAUGGUCAAUCUGGCCUCACCCUCACUCGCUCUCGCCAGCGCGUUCCUUCCAGUUGCUGGCGUCGGCCUUGCCCGCGAAGAGUUCAUCAUCGCCAACCACAUCCGCGUCCAUCCGCUCGCUCUCAUCGGCUUUCCGCACAACAAGGCUGGUGCCGACCCGGACACCGCCGAUGCCGUCGCCGCGUUGCUCGGUUCGCGGUACGCAGACUGCCCCGAGGCCUUUUCGUCGACAAGCUGGCCGAAGGCGCUGGGCUCAUUGCCGCUGCUUUCUACCCGCGCAAGGUUAUCCUCCGCCUCUCCGACUUUAAGUCGAACGAGUACAAGGGCCUCAUCGGCGGCAUGCUCUACGAGCCGGUCGAGGAGAACCCGAUGCUUGGCCUCCGCGGCGCGUCGCGGUACUACGACCCGAGCUACCGCCCGGCGUUUGAGCUGGAGUGCGCUGCUAUCGCCAAGCUGCGCGACGUCAUGGGCUUCACAAACGUCGAGGUCAUGAUCCCGUUCUGCCGGACCCCGGCCGAGCUCACCCGCGUCCUCGACGUCAUGGCCGACGCCGGUCUCGUCCGCGGCGUCAACGGCCUGCGGGUCAUCAUGAUGUGCGAGAUCCCGGCCAACGUCCUCCUUGCCGAUGAGUUCCUCGCCCACUGCGACGGCAUGAGCAUCGGCUCCAACGACCUCACACAGCUCACGCUCGGCGUCGACCGCGACUCUGAGCGAGUCUCGCACAUCUUUGACGAGUCGAGCCCGGCUGUGCUCAAGAUGAUCGCCAUGGCCAUCGAUGCCUGCAACGCUGCAGGAAAGUACAUCGGCCUCUGUGGACAGGGUGCCUCGGACUCGAUGCCUUUUGUCCUCAAGCUUGUUGACCUCGGCAUCGGUUCGGUCUCGGUCUCGGCCGACUGUGCCGUCGACGUCAUCCGCACCAUCGCCAGCCACCUCGGUCACUCUGCAUAAGUCGUAAAAGGCAGCAAUCAGCCAC